CUUUUUUAAAAGUGAAGUAAACACGAAACACGGUACGUACGUUAGAAGGAUUUUCUUCAAAUUCAAGUCUAUUAAUUAAUCACAAUGAAACGAGUAGUAAUCGAACAGAGUGAAGAUUCAGAUACAGAAGAAGUUGGAAGCAAUUCCUCUUCGGGAAACGAGGAACAAAUGGACGAAAGUCAUUCUGAGAACGAAUUGUCUGUUGGGGAUGAAAAUGAUGCCAGUGAGGAAGAUGUAUCAAGUGAUGAGUAUGAAUCGGAUAAGGAAACUGGAGCGAAAAAUUUAGCUUGGGCAGAUUCAGUGUCCAAAAUUUUAAAAAGUAAACCGAAAGCUAAUAAACCUCUAGUGCUGUCCAAGGCAAAGAAACUAACUGAAGUAAAGCCCAAACCUAAGGAAGCAGGUUUUGAAGUAGUACUUGAUGAUGGUAAUGUUAAAAAAGAACUAGUAGAAGAAAAACCUGCUGAAAGUGAGAAGAACACUAAAACUAAAAAGAAGAGGAUAAAAGAUAUUCCUGGCUUGAGAGUGAAGCCUAAUGUUUUGGAUAAGGAUCGUGAAAGAGUUCUAGCAAAAAUUGCCACAAGAGGUGUAGUUCAAUUAUUUAAUGCUGUUAGAGCUCAACAAAAAGAUAUAAAUAAAAAGUUAGAUGAGGCAGGACCUUUAGAAGUGCGAAAAGAGAAAGUAAUGAAAAGUAUUGAUAAAAAUACUUUCCUGGAUGCUUUAAUGGGUAAGCGGUCAGAAAAUGUAGAUGAGGUUCUAGAGAAAGAUAUUGAAGCACCAUAUAAAAAGAAAAAGUUGGCCGAUAAAGAAGAUGCCGAUAAGAAAGUAUGGGAUGUAUUAAGGGAUAAUUAUAUGAUGGAUGCUAAAAUGAAAGAUUGGGACAAAGAAUUAGAAAUUGAAGAAGAGAUUGAAACAGAAUGAAACAUCAACUGAGGAUUAAACCAAUACUGAAUAACUUUAAUUCAAUGUAUAUAUCUUGUACAGACUUUUACUAAGAUAAAGACUUCAUUAAAAAUGGGUAGUUUGUAUUUUCACAAUAAAUUUUCAUUGAGU